AUGGCCUUCCGUUACUCCUUGAGGAGUUCUCCCUCACUGCUCCUCGGCCUGCUGCUGUGCGCCUGGGCAGUGGCCGCGGAGCAGGUCUCCUUCUUCAAAUCGAGACCCGACAUAUACCCCCUAGUCUUGAAUAUCGAGCAUAGCGACCCCAGCAAACUCGCGCCCGGCUACAUCUUCAUCACACCCUAUGAAGCUCAAAAUCCGGGUCCUUACAUCUUUGACAACUCAGGGGAGUUGGUGUGGAGCGGUUGGGGCGUUUCGGGGCCGGGGAAUGCCCAUGGCAUGCACGUCUGCAAAUACAACGGCGCCGACCACCUAUGUUUCUUCCAGGGAAACCAGCAGAAAGGAUACUGCCGCGGGCAUGGCGUUAUCUUGGACAACACCUACCGCAUCGUGCGCUCCGUGCAGCCGGGUGGCGGAAUGGCUUCUAGCGACAUGCACGAAUUCCUUCCGAUCGGCAACGGCAAAACCGCACUCAUGACCGUAUACCAGCAGCGCCAAUUCGACAUGACCCCAUGGAACAUCAAAACCGGCGUGGGGUGGUUGAUGGAGAGUGUUUUCCAGGAGAUUGAUACCGAGACCAGUAAAGUGAUUUUUGAAUGGCGCUCCCUCGAUCAUGUCGACCCGUCAACCAGCUACACCUGGCCUGCGCACACAGAUACGUCGGGAACUGGAUUGAAUGUUCACGAGCCCUGGGAUUACUUCCAUAUCAACUCGAUCGACAAGAACGAUGAUGGUGACUAUCUCAUUUCUUCGCGCCACACAUGCGCCAUCUACAAGAUCUCGGGCAGGGACGGUUCGGUGAUUUGGAGAUUGCAUGGAUCAAACCCGACAUUCCGCAAUAUCAACUUCAGCUUUUCGCAGCAGCAUGAUGCGCGGUGGUUGUAUGAGAAUGCGACACAUACGGUUCUUUCGCUGUACAACAACGGGUAUAACGGAUACAACCAGACGCAUUCUUACUCGGCCGGUAUGAUCAUUCUUAUCGACCAUGUGGAUAAUACUGCGCUGCAGAUUCGUGACUACAAGCCGCGUAUCAAUGAUCUGAUCAGUUCCAGUCAGGGUAACCUGCAGCGGCUGCCGAACAAGAACGCUUUCAUCGGAUGGGGUAACAAUCCUUUCGUGUCCGAGCACGAUGAAGAGGGCAACUUGUUGCUUUGGGCAUCCUUUGCCCAAGACACAGUCAUGAACUAUCGUGCCCAGAAAUUCGAGUGGGAUGGCAACCCCACCGAUUCUCCAGCUCUUUGGGUUUACUCUCGCACCUCCGAACCUUAUUCUCCCACCAGCUUCUAUGUCAGCUGGAAUGGCGCAACGCGCGUCCAGAGCUGGCGAUUCUAUGGAGCACACAACAUGACCGGACCUUACGUGUUCCUGGACCAGGUGAACAAGACCGGGUUCGAGACCGAGUAUACCCACACCAGCUUCUACCUCUGGACUCGUGCCGAGGCAGUUGAUAGCAAGGGUGCCGUUCUUGGCAAGUCCGAAAUCAAGUACACCUUUGUUCCUUCGCCAGAGCUCCGCGAGUUCUGCCAGGACGAGACCUGUCUGGACGCACCUGGAUAUGGAUUUCCCGGUGAGGAUGCUGCUAAGCCGUUCAUCCCGCCAGUGGGCGUCAAUACAGUGCCGUGGGUCGACCCUGAUCAUGAUGGGGCCAUCUGGUCCUAUCCCUCUGGCUUCCCACACACUACUGAGCCACUGGCUGCCCACUACAGAUGGCGACACGGACGUAAGUCUUAUCCUUAUCAUUUUUUAUUCUGUUUUGCAACGCCUCCCGCUCACCUACUCAAAACAGGACUAGUAAUUUUAGGUGCCACAAUCGCCGUGGUUCUCCCCCUCCUCGCUGGAGCGUACUUCGCUUGGCGGUUCUAUCAACCACGGCGGCCGGACCGGCUGGGUGAAGACGACGAGUCAUCUGAGCCGCUGAACGGCAUGGCGGAACGGAAACCUUCACAGCGGAGCUCCGAUCGUCCCUGGUGGUAUUGGCGACGGUGGGCGGGAAGUUCAGAUACCAAAUACUUCGCGCUCGCAGAUCGCAGUCCACAAGAACACGGGCGAGAGGACUGA